AAUCUCAUCCCUCCUUUCUUCUCCCUCAUCACUUUCAUUUCGUUCCUUUCCUCUCCUCCUUUUCCCUUUUCUUUUCCAUUUCUAUUUUCUUGUCUACUUGACUUAUGUCCUUCACCUCUCCAUUAAUCCUCCUCUCCUCUCCUCUUGUUUUUUCCUCUCCUUUCCCAGGCUCAUAUCUCCAUCCAUCCGCGCCCCCGAGGACAAACCGCGCUCCUCUGCACCCCGCCCGGCAGCGCGCUGUGUAUAUGUGUGUGUGUGUGUGUGUGUGUGUGUGUUGCGGGACCACGGGGAGGGGGGGGCGCGAGUGUGUGUUUAUGUGUGCAGUUUGUUGAGUGUGUCGGGGCGAGAGAGAGAGACAGAGAGUCGAGCAGCGGGGACGGAGCGGCAGAGCGCAGCACCGAGGACGGUUUUCUCUCCGGUCUUCAUACUAACAUCAGAUACUAUGCUUAUUGCUUCGAGUGCGGGCUGGCACUAGAACACAAGGGCAGCUGAACCCCCACAACCCAAUGAGUUUGGUUUGGACAGCCAUCCCGCACUGUGAUGCAGUACAGCUACCCAGAGGCAGCAGUAGAAGUUAGAGUGAGCAAGAGUUGAAUAAGGAGUACCGGAGACUAGUGGUGAGCUAGUCGCACUACCCUUAGCUCGACCCAGCGCCUCCCCCUCCCUCUUCCUCAGCCUAAUCCCAUCCUCCUCUGCCUCACCCUUUCCUCGCUCUUCUCGUGUGUACCACACGCCACCAUGUCUCUCUUCACCUCUCCCGCCCCUUCCUCCUACUCCUCUUCCUCUUCCUCCUCCCACUGCCUCCCUGCCAGCCGGAGUCCCAGCGUAGCGAGCCCAGCAGCGACCCCGGCCUGCCAGCGGUCUCGCCCUCCAUGUUCCCCUCCUCCUUCCCACCUUCCAUGUCUUAUGAUAACAGCACCGUGUUAACCAAAAAAGAGAAGUGUGAGGAAGUGCCGGUGUGCAGGCCCGGCAUCCUGCUGCCCGUCUGGGAGCCCAACCGGCCCGGGCUCGGCGACCAGGUGGCCAGAGCUGUGGUCUACUUUGUGUCACUCAUGUACAUGUUCCUGGGAGUGUCCAUCAUCGCCGACCGCUUCAUGGCGUCCAUAGAGGUCAUCACGUCACAGGAGAAGGAGGUGACCAUCACAAUGCCUAAUGGCGAAACAUCAGUGGCGACUGUUCGAAUCUGGAACGAAACAGUGUCCAAUCUGACACUCAUGGCUCUGGGCUCCAGUGCUCCGGAGAUACUGCUGUCUGUUAUAGAGGUGUGUGGUCACGAGUUCAAGGCUGGUGAGUUGGGACCAGGAACCAUCGUUGGCAGCGCCGCCUUCAACAUGUUUGUGAUCCUCGGGAUCUGUGUGUGGACGAUCCCCAACGGCGAGACCCGCAAGAUCAAACACCUCAGGGUGUUCUUCAUCACCGCCUUCUGGAGCAUCUUCGCCUACAUCUGGCUCUACCUCAUCCUGUCUGUCAUGUCGCCAGGCAUCGUGGAGGUGUGGGAGGCCCUGGUGACGCUGCUGUACUUCCCAGUGUGUGUCAUCCUGGCUUGGAUCGCUGACCGCCGCCUGCUCUUCUACAAGUACAUGGGCAAGCGUUAUCGUGCCGACAAGCGCCACGGCAUCGUCGUGGAGACCGAGGGAGACUUGACACCCAACAAGGGCGGCAUGGAGAUGAUCAUAGACGGAAAGUUCCCACCACAAGGGGGCGCCAUGGUCCCCGCUGAGAACUGUGGGGGCGGAACUCAGGACGGCACAGCAGGCGCUGCGGCCAAUAACAUCGGUGCAGCAGCGGGGGCCAUGGCAACGGGAGCCAGGGGCAACCUGCCCAACUCCAACAGCGCAAUGGUCAAUAUGGAGAGCAGCAAGGAGCUGGACGAGAGCCGCAAAGAGGUGAUUCGUAUCCUAAAGGAGCUCAAGCAGAAAUAUCCCGACAAAGAGCUGGACCAGCUGGUGGAGCUGGCCAACUACUACGCACUGCUGCAUCAACAGAAGAGCAGAGCCUUCUACCGCAUACAGGCGACUCGCAUGAUGAUCGGAGCUGGUAACGUCCUGAAGAAGCACGCAGCCGAUAACGCUCGCCGUACAGCUGUAAGCGACGAGGAAGCACCAGAAGAAGAAGACCAGGGGAUAUGCAGCCGCAUCUCAUUUGAAAGCUCUCACAGUCAGUGCAUGGAGAACUGCGGCGUUCUGACACUGGCUGUGGUCUGCAAAGGGGGUCUGGGAGAGAACACCUUCUAUGUGGACUACAGGACAGAGGACGGUUCAGCCAACGCUGGCUCGGAUUAUGAGUACAGUGAAGGAACACUGGUAUUCAAACCUGGAGAGACUCGCAAAGAGAUUAAGGUCGGUAUAAUCGACGACGACAUAUUCGAAGAGGAUGAGCACUUCUUUGUGCGCCUGCUGAAUCUGCGUGUUGGCGAUGCAGAAGGGAUGUUCGAGAGCGAUGAAGUGGGUGCCGCCCCCAAAGGUCGCUUGGUUGAGCCCCUGGUUGCCACGGUGACCAUCCUGGAUGACGACCACGCUGGCAUCUUCACGUUCAGCGAGCGCAUGGUGCGGGUGAGUGAGAGUGUGGGCACCAUGGAGGUGACGGUGGUGCGCAACUCAGGUGCCCGUGGCACUGUCAUCCUGCCGUACCACACCGAGUCAGGCAGCGCCAAGGCUGGAGAUGACUACGAGGACGCCCGAGGAGAGCUGGAGUUCACCAACGACCAGACCACUCAGACUUUCCAGGUGAGGAUAAUUGAUGAUGAAGAAUAUGAAAAACAUGAAAACUUCUUCAUUGUGUUGGAGGAGCCACGCUGGCUUAAGAGAGGAAUCUCAGCUCUGCUGCUCAGCCAAGAGGGGGCGGAGGGGCAGAUGAGUGCUGAGGAGGAGGAGGCCCGGAGGAUAGCUGAGAUGGGGAAGCCCAUCCUGGGAGAGCACAGCCGUCUGGAGGUGGUCAUCGAGGAGUCGUAUGAGUUCAAGAGCACCGUUGACAAGCUCAUUAAGAAGACCAACUUGGCGCUGGUGAUCGGCACACACUCCUGGAGGGAACAGUUUGUGGAGGCGGUUACUGUCAGCGCAGGUGACGGUGAUGAUGAUGAGGAGGGUCGUGAGGAGCAUCUUCCAUCCUGUUACGACUACGUCAUGCAUUUCCUCACCAUCUUCUGGAAGGUUCUGUUCGCCUGCGUCCCGCCCACAGAGUACUGGAACGGCUGGGCCUGCUUCUUAGUCUCCAUCAGCGUCAUCGGCCUCCUCACCGCCGUCAUCGGCGAUUUGGCGUCACACUUCGGCUGCACCGUGGGGCUCCGGGACACUGUGACCGCUGUGGUGUUUGUGGCAUUGGGAACUUCUAUCCCAGACACCUUUGCUAGCAAAGUGGCCGCCAUGCAGGACCAGCACGCUGACGCGUCCAUUGGUAACGUCACCGGUAGUAACGCUGUCAACGUAUUCCUGGGGAUCGGCGUGGCAUGGUCGGUGGCCGCCAUCUACUGGAGAAUCAAAGGGAAGGAGUUCAAGGUGGACCCGGGGUCGCUGGCCUUCUCCGUCACACUCUUCACCAUCUUCGCUUUCAUCUGCAUGGGUGUGCUCCUGUUCAGACGCCGUCCCUCCAUCGGUGGAGAGCUCGGCGGCCCGAGGAUGGCUCGGCUCCUGACCAGCCUGCUGUUUCUGGGUCUGUGGUUCCUCUACAUCCUCUUCUCCAGCCUGGAGGCCUAUUGCCACAUCAGCGGCUUUUAAAAAGGAGAUGGAGGAAGUUCUGGAAGAAUAUUGCACAGCAACACACACACAUACUUUGACACUCAGUCCAUAGUUCAACAUGAAACGAAUGUAAGAUUCAUCUGUUUAAUAUGGCUCAUUGCAGCCUGGAGAUAUCCUGGUCUUUGAUGCAGGGAUACUAAAAUACUUCAGAUACAUGUUCACACACACACUAUAUGUACGCAUGUAUAAACCAAUCAUAACAAACACGCACACACAGUUACAGGCAUGAUGAAGGGCGAGAGGAAGUGUUUCCGAGGGGCGAGAAGUGUGAACACAGAAGGCUACUGCAGCAAAGUUAGCAGGGAGAAAGAAGUGAAGUUGACAUUUUAGAGGUGAAAAGAGGGUCAGGUCAGGGUCGGUUCAUUCUGUGGCAUGGCAAGUUUAUUUUAAAGCCAGGCGGGUUUAGGUUGGAUUGGAGGGAGCUGUCCUGUAGGAUCAGACCACUGAUAGAGAAGAGGAUGGAACAGAAACCUGUGCACACCGGACAAAAUGCAUCGUUGCAUUGAAGGAACAACACCUUUGUUUGUCCCUCCCACCUCUCCUCUGUAUCACCAACUUUACUGGUACUGCUUCACGCUUCUUCACUGAGGAGGUGGAGCGCUGUGUGAAAAAAGGAGUGGAAUGUUUACAAUAACAAUAACAUUAAGUUUGUUUACUACAGGAGGUUCUUAUAAAGUGGGGAUGCUUGUCAAAUACACUGUAUAGAUGUGGGUGGUUCUCCACACGCGCUGUAAAUAGUAAAAAACAGUGUACAUAGAGUGUAGUGUUUUCAGUAGUCAGACAGUGAAGCCUACCACUGACAAAGUUAGAGAUAGUGUAAAAAAUGAUCCCCCUGAAUGCGUAGCUACUAUUCUGUAUAGAAAGUCAAAAAGAAAAGGAAAAACAACAGUCAGGUUCUUCUGUCAGAAAAGCUUCACUGUUUUUAAAAUUCAUGCACAGGCUGGAACAAACGUUCGUAAAGUGAAGACAGUUUAAUGAGUCUGGGGCCGAUGGUGAUUUUGGCAACGUACUAAAUAGAGACUAAAGUCUUAGCUGACAAAAACAAAUUAAUGAUAAGCUGGUGAAAUAACAGUGUAAAAGUGGAUAAACAUUUUUAAAGAGCCUUACCUCCCCAGCACCCUGCAUUCCAGUCAGAUGUGUCUCUUUACCGGAUUGUAACCUUAGCCCCUCCGACAGAGGUUUUUAAUGUCAAACCGAAGGAUUAGGGUUUGCAUGUGUAGCCAGAUACAGAGCAUCUUCUCAUAAGUCACAUAUAUACUAUGUAAAAGGGAAAUCCACCUGUAAAUUACAUCCCCACAUUUAUGUGUCUGCUCAGUGAACAGAAACUACCAGCUGUGUGUGUUGGCAGACAGGGAGGAGGCGAGAUGUUUUGCCCAGUGGAUGGUCUGAAAGGAACAAAAAGGACAUUUUCCUCCUCAGAAGGACCAAAUAUGUUCUCACACACACACAUGUGGAAACUUUGUUCAAGGCUUGUUGCUCCAUCCAGAUGGACUGAGAUCUGAGUGCAGACACUGAACUACAGUCAGUCAUCACUGUGUCAUUGUGUGUAGUGACAAACUAAUCCAUUACUGUGGCAUGUAUCCUGGCAGACUAAUCCUUUACCGUUAGUGAAAGCAGCAUGGUCAGACAAACAUGCAUGGAUGGUCGAACAAGACUUAACAGUAUUACUUUACUUUCAAGAGUGAAGCCUCUAAAGCCAGUAAAUUACGAUUUAAGUCAUUUCAAAACUGACAAAACAGUUUCCAAUCAUCAACAUUCAGUCUACAGCGUAUUGAUUAGGACACAAGAUCCUAAUCUACACUUUAAUUAGGAUGCAGGAUACUAGUCUACACCACACUGAUGCUUCAAGAUAGCACCCAUACAAUGCCUUAAGGAAAACUCUCAAGUAAAAAUCUAGUAUUCAAGUUUUCAGCUUUUUAAUACUAUCCAGGCUGCACUUUAUUUGAUGUAACUAAAACAUACUGUGUUGUGUUUUUCUUUAUUCUUUGGUCAACAAACUGUUAGUGUGCAGUACAUGAAGGGAGUCACUGGAGGAAAACUAUGAACUGUCUGAAGUUGUAAUGUAACACUGGAUCCAGGUGAAACUACCACAUCACGUUUCUUGUCCAGUGGGAAGGGAUUGUUGUAAUUUGUCCCUGUCCAUCCAGAUGUGCUUAGAGCACAAUAGAAGUACCAGAAAUGCUAAAAAUGACUUUCCAUUUUAAUGGAAAGUCUGCACAUUGUUUCAAAGAACUAACUGGUGGUCUAUCAUCUAAUGUUCUCCAGACUUUGUUUACAGGCAGACAGCUAACAGGACCACAGAAAACCUGUACAAAGCAGCGUCAGUGUCAUUAUAGGUUUAAUCAAGACUAUAGUCAUAGUACCAUAGCAUAGGCUGUUUUCAGUGGAAAACGCAUUAGAAAACACUGCCCUUCGAGGCAUGUAUGUGUUGCUCAGUAUUACAUGGCAGAGUUGGAAAACACAGUAAAAUGUUCACAAGCUACUGAAACUAGUGGCUGCUAAAUAAAUAAGAAAUCAACCAGAACUGAGCAGAUGGAGCUGCAAACCAGUGAACUAUAUGCGGACAUCCUCUGAUUUGCUGUGACAUUUACACACCGAUAUUUCAAGUUUAUUACUUUUAACUUUGAGAUGCAUGAAGCUGAAAAGUGAUGAAAAAAUGUCAUAGCAAAUAUCAAGCUGUGUGCAACAUCAUAGAAUGAUAAUAAAGUAGUUAACUAUUAUCUUAGAUUAGAAGCAUCAAGGGUCCAGCAUCCUUUUCUACAUGAGGAAGAGUUGAUUUAUCAUGUCGACACAUCACAGUCAACGUUAUUAUUACUGUAAUAUUCACUGCCUGAUAUCAGUCACAUUAAAUAUAUUUCUGUGAGGACGUUGUGCUGCAGCUGCACAUUUCACCCACAAAUGAUAAGUGCUGCACAAGUGGAAUGUGUUAUUACACACGAUAAUAUCGGAAAGAUUAGUUCAAUUAGUUUACCCUUAACUAACUAUACUUUGUAAACUUUCUAAAACCAAUUUUGUAUCUUUUCCUUGCAGAUAUAGCUGAGGUAGAUUUUUUUGUACUUCUAAACAACGUUUAGAAUAAUAUCAGUAUAUACAGUUGGUAGUGUAGAUUACAUUGUUACUGAAUUUAGUGGAUUAGAUUUUGAUAUAUUUCCCACAGUGAUGAAGCUCCCCUUUGAAAUGCUCAAACAGUGUAGUGUAUCAUAACCAAACAAAAUCCCAUCUAAUUUACUGAAGUACGUUGUCUGCUGACUAGUUUGUGUCUAUGUUACUAAUGUAUAUUUCUUCUCAUCAGAUGAUUUAUUUAGAUAUUUAUUUAUUUACAAGAAGAUUAUUUAUUUAUGGAUAAGCUAUGCCGCAGGUCCUUGAGGCGAGCAGUGUGGAGUUUAGUUCAAGGAGUGUUGUUUUAAUGUGCAAUACAGGAAAAAAAUUAAAACACAUCUUAUUUCGUUAGUGGCUUUGACAAGAGGUCAGUUGACAUCUUUAUCUGCUCCAGUGUUUGUUGUAACCCUCCGGCAACGUACAUUUCUUCAUUCAGUUCUCUUGAAGGAGGUGUUUUUGAGUGUAAGUAGCAUGUUUACAUGAAGAAACAGUGUGGAACAUUGCCAGUAUAAUUGUCAGUCUCGGGUUGUCGUGAGCUAAAGAAGGACUUUCUGUAGAUAUUAAUGGUGGCCGCGAGGCAGGUCAGUGGUGUGUGAGGUUGGAACAGUAGCUCAACUGUAGUCUACUCACUAAACCACCUGGUGGGACCAAGAUUACAUCACACACACACACACACACACACAGGUCUGCUGAAAUCUAUGACUGGGUAAAAAAUGAUCAGCACCAGCGGGUACAGAAUGGAUCAGCUCUGAUUAUGUACCCAGUGCACCCAGCCUUGCCCCAGCAGAUGUGACCCUGGUGUGGCUCAGCACCCGAAAACAGAACUGUCCACAAUGUCCAGACAAUGUUCCAUGUUUCCAUGAACUUCUGUACUAACUGUCUGGCUUCGGCCUUUACUGUUCUGUAGCUAGAUGUGAUGCCUCCCCAUCCAGCCUCUCCUCCUCACCCACCCCUCCCCAGUGUGUGUCUGUGUUUGCUUCCCCUCCGUGUUCCUCUGCAGAUGCAUGAUGAAACCCCGUGUACGUGUGUUAGCAGCAUGGUCUACUGUGAUGGACGUCUAUCGACAUAUUUUAUCGGGCUGAUUUCCCACAGUUUGAAUCCCAAACACCAGAGGCUCUUUGUGAAAUAAAAUGAGCAAAUGGCACAGACACAACCACAACUCCAUACAGACAUACUGUACUGAAGAGAAACACACACAGAGACAGCAUUUAUGGAUUCAGUGUCUACUGCUUACUUGUUUUGUUACCUUUAGAAGCUGUGAAAAGAGAGCGUGCUCUGUUGUGUCAAGGCUACGUCCACAACGAGCAACACCCCGGGUCAUUUGUUUGUUUGUUGAUGUACGAUAUUUCUGCGUCUGUGUAAGUGUUCCCCCUCUUCUUCUUCUUCUUCUUCUCCCAUUUGCUCCCUCCCAGGUCUUGCUCUUCAAUGUGUCUCUCUGUGAAGUUUUUUCCUGUGAUGAUGAAAAUUUCUCUCUCUGCCUGAACCUUUGUGGGGAAAUAAUGACCGAGUUACUACAAUAUCUUGUGAUAGACAUAUACAUUUAUUCAAUACUGUAAUAAAUUAUUAACUAAAGAUGAUAUUUAAGUUUUUUUAUGAAAUGCGGAAAAAGAUUCUGAGAAAAAAAUGACAACUUGUUUUUGAGAACAUGGCAUGAGGUGUAAUGUGUUAUCGAAAGAAAAUUAAGGACUUAAUCAAGUGAAGUUGAGCUUAUUGGAAUAUAGUUUAUUUAUUUUCAAGG